UCGAAAAAGCGCAAGUCGUUUUUUUUUUCACUCAGCGUAUUUUAUCGCACACAGUGCGAAGCCACGAACUUUUAGCUAUUACAAAACACAAGCAUCGUAGUUAUUUUAAUGAACUAUAAGGUUGCAGUCUACAAAUACACACAUAGGCCUAUCACGCUAUGAACUGAUUACGAAAUAAGCACUGUGAACUGAUUACGAAAUAAGCAGACAAACAAUUAUUGCUGGGGGCUUUCUUGAUGAGAGUAUUUUAUUACCCAAACAUUUCUUGGCAUUCUUCGGCCGUGUGUAAUCUGUGACAGAGAGGGGUGUCUUUUGAGGAAAAGAUGAUGUGCAUUCCUUGGAUGUAAGAGUGUAUGAGAUUUGGUACAUCUUUAUCUCUGAUUGAGAAUUACCUACCAAGAUGGCGGAUGAUGGCUCAACGGACACAGUGAAGAUAAUCGUCGGGGGGUUCAUGAUUUUUCAGACCAUUGCCGGAUUAUUUGGUAACUCCGUCAUCAUCAGGAUGUUCUGGACAUUCAAGCAGCUACGGACGCCUAGCAACAAUCUGCUACUAGUCCUUUCUAUUGCAAACAUAGGAAUGUGCUUGUGUAUGCCGUUCUCCACUGCGUCGACAUUCGCUGGCCAUUGGGUUUUCGACACGUCUGGAUGUAAAUUCUACGGCUUUGCGAGCAUGUUCUUCGGUCUGUCUGUUAUCGGCAUCCUGACUUGUCUCAGCAUUGACCGAUACCUUGUCGUCUGCCGAAGAUCACUCGCCUCUAUGUUAACCCAUGUCCAUUACAACUACAUGUCUCUGGCGGCCUACGUGAAUGCCCUGUUCUGGGCCAUCAUGCCGGUGUUUGGCUGGGCUCGUUACGAAGAGGAUCCCGGAAGUGGAUGCGCUCUAGAUUGGAACAGAGGGGGCGCUUCUUACAUCUCCUACCUCUUCACCCUCUUUGUGAUUAACUUCCUCGUACCGUUAAUAGUGAUGGUCACUUGCUUCGGUCGAGCACACGCCGUCAUGGUGAAGCGUGAGCAGGUACACGCUGCUUCCUCUGACAACGAUCUUACUCCCAUCAACUCCGACUGGGCUAACCAGAAACAAGUCACGAUGCUUGGCGUCGCCCUGAUCGUCGUCUUCCUGUUUACAUGGUCCCCCUUCGCCAUCAUCUGCAUCUGGGGUGCCAUAGGAGACCCACACAACGUCCCCCACUGGUUUGCAGUCAUAGCCCCCUUCGCAGCAAAAUGGUCACAGGUUCUAAACCCCCUCAUGUUCGUAAUGUUCAUCAAGAGGUUUCGCGAUUACACCCUGGUGAUUCUGUGCUGCAAGACGCACGUGGAGACCAUCGAACUCACGCAGCAGACUACCAGUGACCAACAAGCGGUCGAGCGUGCGCUGUGACGUCAUUACUAAGCCGCCGGUUUGAAUUUGUUUCCAUGUAGCAGUUCUCACUGCAACGUCACAUCCCGAGUUUUUGCCAACUGAGGUUGGAAAACUACAGAAAAGCCAUAAAUGCAAAUUAAAACAGACAGCUACUGUUUUUCACAAUGUUUGACACACAAUUUAAACAUAGUGUUGAACUGGUUGGAAACAAAGUACACAGUAAUGGGAGGUAUUUUAUUGAAAGUUUGCAUAACAUAUUGAAUUAUUUUGGUUAAAACAUGUUUAACACGAUUGAGUGUUUUACUAACAAACGGCCGUCCAUGCCAACCAGCUAUGUUUGUUUAUCAACAAUUGGAAAGGUCUGUAAGCUUAUCAAUCGUGGGUGUUUUUUCCAAUAUUUUCCGAAAUCUGACUCACAAAAAAUUGAGACCAACAAUCUGCACUUGUUAUUUCACGGUUGAUUGCACACAAAGACCCGUUUUGCGACUAUUUUGCAAGCUCUAUACCAACCCUGUACCUUUCAGAAAAAAAUAAUUCAAAGUGGGUGUAUCAUUUGAAUUUCCAUCGUAGGCGUUUUGUUUGAUUGUGUUUUUUUGUGAUUUUGUCUGUCUGUUUGUUUAUUGUUUUUUUUUUCUAGGGGCGGGGUAAGGGUUUUGCUGUUGUCGGUUUGUUUUCCCCUCAAGGAAGAGGAAACUCAUAUGACGUCACAAUUUGCGAAGUCACGAACAAAGUGACUUAAAACAAAAACACGUUUGGUUACGAGUGUGUUUUAUUAAUUCAUUUAGUUUUUUAUUAAUAUUAUACGACCGUAAGCCAGUUCUGCAUAUUAACUAGACACUGACACACGACUUACUUCCACAUAAUGAAUAAGUAUUUUUUUUGCAAAACAUCUUUUUCUUUCCACAUAGGGAUAAAGUAUUUAUAAAGGAAUAUUAAAUUAAUUUACAGACCAAUAUUGGGAAUUUGUAUACAGAAAGUUAUCUGUGUCUCGUAUACACAGAUCAAAACAUGUAAAGUUUCUUAAAACGUUUGAAUUAUUAGCAAUUCAAAUUUAAACACAUACAUAAAGUCAAUAUUGACUGCUCAUGUGACACAACACAAAUCUCAGCAUUAUCUUUGAUGUUUUUUAAAUUAUAUCAAUUUACCAUCUUUAGAUAAAAUAUAAAUUAUUAAUAUUGAUUAAAUAUUGAUUAAUAUCUACGUUUAAAGGGUCUAUGUACUUUUUGUAGGACAAAAAACACAAUUUCCACAGAUUUACAUUAAACUUGCACA